AUGGAGGAUAGCAAACCAGUAAGUACCCCCAUGGUUGUUUGUUGUAAGCUGAGUUUAAAUGAUGAGUCAGCUUCAGUGGAUCAAACAAAAUACAGGUCAAUGAUUGGGACUUUACUGUAUCUGACAGCAUCACGACCGGAUAUAAUGCAAUCAGUUUGUUUGGUUACAAGGUUUCAGUCCAAUCCUAAGGAGACACAUCUAUUGGCAGUUAAUAGGAUUUUCAGGUACAUUAAAGGCAUAAUGGAAUAUGGGUUGUGGUAUCCAAAAACUGAGAAUUUCUCUCUUACAACAUUUUUAGAUGCAGAUUGGGCUGGGAGUAUAGAUGACAGAAAAAGCACCAGUGGUGGUGCAUUCUUUUUGGGGAAAAGUUUGGUAGCAUGGCAUAGUAAAAAGCAGGAAUCUGUUUCACUUUCUACAGCUGAGGCCGAGUAUAUUGUAGCAGCGGCUAGUUGUACACAAGGACUGUGGAUGCAAAGGCAGAUUUCAGAUUUUGGUCUUUCAAGUGAUGGACCUGUGACUAUUAUGUGUGAUAAUAUGAGUGCCAUCAACAUUUUCAAGAACCCUGUACAACAUUCAAGAACCAAGCAUAUUGAUAUUAGAUAUCAUUGCUUGAAAGAAAAGGUCACAUCGAAUGCAGUGAGAUUGGAAUUUGUGUCUACAACUGACCAAGUACCCGACAUCUUCACCAAGCCACUCCCAAAAGACAACUUUGAGAGACUUCGAGACAAGCUUGGGGUGGUUACUUAUAGGCCACCUUAG